AUGGACGACGAUCUCCACAACACAGACACCAGAGAAGAAUUCCACCCACCAUGGCUCAGCCGCCCGCGCGACUUUGUGGACCGGAGAGCCGAAGAAGCAGAGGCAUUCAAUGAGCUCCUCACCCAACACCUGAACACAUCUGCACAGACAUGGGAUUGCGACGAGACCGGCUGGACGUUCGAACUUCGGCAUGUGAUCCUACACAUCCGCCAUCAGGAAGCUGGCCACCUUGUCGCCAAAGCAGAGAGCGAGGUGAUGCCGCGCAAGUAUCUUGACGGUUUGAGGUGUGAGCUUCGGAACAUGCCUUGGGAGGCGGAUGAGAACAGUUGCACCACGCUUGAUCUCGCCUGUGCACUGCUUCGGAUGACGGAGGAGGCAGUAGCUUGGGAGGAGUUGUGGAACCAGAAGCUGGCCGCCUAUGAUGGACGGCGAGCUGCAGCAACCAAGAACGCUCGCGAGUUCGAACAGAAGUUGCACAGAGACGGCAGCGAUCGUCGUGGUUUCGACGCCCGCUCGAUUCGAGGCUACGACUCUGUGCUGGCGAAUCCUUAUGGCGUGAACUUCAGCAGCCUGGAUGACACUGCAGCCUUCCUUCUGGGCAAGCCCAUCGAGCGCAUCUGCAACAUGAUCAGCACCGACUUUCGCAUCAUUCACGUGGAACCAGUCUUCCGCGACAACCUCGUCUCGUCCUUUCUCAAACGCAAGGAACAAAUCUACGACCAGCUCAGUCGCAUGUCUCGUGGUUCGCUGCGGCAGAGUGUCCCAACGACAGUCAUCCGGCCAAAUUCAGUUGAGGACACCAGGGAGGGGCUAGCGCGACAGCUGUCGAUGCCAAAAGUCACCUUUCAUGGUGCUCCAAGGGCGGUUAUUGAGUCCAUCGUCCGGUACGGCUUCAUCGUUCCAGGCUCACAGGUUGGGAACAGCGGCAUGACGAUAAGCGUACGAUGCGGCGCAACGUACGGGACCGGCAUCUAUUCGAGCCCAGAUGCAGCGUUCGCAUCCCAUUACCUGGACUACCAGACCGGCAACGUCCGGCUGUCCAAACCAAGCGAGAUUCCUGGCAUGCGACUCGUUGUUUGUGCGACGUUGAUGGGCCGAGCUAUGACGGUCGACUCGGCAGAAGCGAGGAGGGUGAAGGGCGUACUGAGUCCACAUGCUCAUUCGCACGUUUCCGGAGAUGGGCUACAGUACAUCGUCUUCGAGAGCUCGCAGAUUAUUCCGUGCUAUGUUCUCCAUCUGGACUACGGCGCUGAACACGCCAAAGCUGAGUUCGAGAAGCUGGCCAGUGAUCCGACAGUGUACUUCCAAAAACGCUCGAAGAAGAAGAAAGUGGACAGCACAGAAGAUGCUUGGGAUGAGUGGUACAGAUCAGAGCCAGGGGCAAUCCAGGAUAAGAAGGUGGCAUUGAAGGCCGCUGCGAGGAAAUGGUUUCCUUACGGUUAUGGCCCGGCGCAGGGGAACUCCUUCGUCAUUGAAGAUAUGGCGGAGCACUCUGAUGAUGAGGAGGUGUACGGCGACUUCCAGCACCAGCGUAUCGAACAGGAUGAUGAGAUCCGAGAGGCGAGGCCGGCGAAGGGUGGGAGUUGGUUGGAUCAAUAUCAGACCGUGAGGAAGACACAGAAGGAGCUGGACUUCGGCGUGGAUGGAGGUAUGUAG